AAAGACCCAGAGCCCGAAGCGGCCUCAGCAGUAGCGGCGAGGACCAGAGCUGCGAAGAGCUGCAUCUGCUGCAGCCCCUUCGCCGACGCUACGUGCCUCGCGGCUCCCACCUAGCUCCGGCGCGCGCCGGCCCCUCUCCGCCUCCUUCCCACCUGGCGCGCACCUGGGCCCGGCCGGGUCCCGCCGAGAGCCAGGAGGGCGCGUGCCAGGGGCCCCUCGGGAACCGCAUAGCGCGCGCGCCAUGGGGCUGCCGCCCGGGGCCGGGGUCUUGUGCCGCGGUGGCUGCGGCUUUUCCCGAUUGCUGGCGUGGUGCUUCCUGCUUGCUCUGAGUCCCCAAGCCCCCGGCUCCCGGGGGGCCGAGGCUGUGUGGACCGCGUACCUCAACGUGUCCUGGAGGGUUCCGCACACCGGAGUGAACCGCACGGUGUGGGAGCUGAGCGAGGAGGGCGUGUACGGCCAGGAUUCGCCGCUCGAGCCCGUGGCCGGGGUCCUGGUGCCGCCCGACGGGCCGGGGGCGCUCAACGCCUGUAACCCGCACACGAAUUUCACGGUGCCCACGGUCCCGGGGGACUGGGGAAGCGCCGUGCAGGUCUCUUGGUUGGCCCUCAUCCAGCGCGGCGGGGGCUGCACCUUCGCAGACAAGAUCCACCUGGCUUACGAGAGAGGGGCGUCUGGAGCCGUCAUCUUCAACUUCCCGGGGACCCGCAAUGAGGUCAUCCCCAUGUCUCACCCGGGUGCAGGAGACAUUGUUGCAAUCAUGAUUGGCAAUCUCAAAGGAACAAAAAUUCUACAGUCCAUUCAAAGAGGCAUACAAGUAACAAUGGUCAUCGAAGUAGGGAAAAAACAUGGCCCUUGGGUGAAUCACUAUUCAAUUUUCUUCGUCUCUGUGUCCUUUUUUAUUAUUACGGCAGCAACUGUGGGCUAUUUUAUCUUUUAUUCUGCUCGAAGAUUACGGAAUGCAAGAGCUCAAAGCAGGAAACAGAGACAACUAAAGGCAGAUGCUAAAAAAGCUAUUGGAAGGCUUCAACUGCGUACACUGAAACAAGGAGACAAGGAAAUUGGCCCUGAUGGAGAUAGUUGUGCUGUGUGUAUUGAACUAUAUAAACCAAAUGAUUUGGUGCGCAUCUUAACCUGCAACCAUAUUUUCCAUAAGACAUGUGUUGACCCUUGGCUGUUAGAACACAGAACUUGCCCCAUGUGCAAAUGUGACAUACUCAAAGCUUUGGGAAUUGAGGCGGAUGUUGAAGAUGGAUCGGUGUCUUUACAAGUCCCUGUAUCCAAUGAAAUAUCAAAUAGUGCCUCUCCUCAUGAAGAGGAUAAUCGCAGUGAGACUGCAUCGUCUGGAUAUGCUUCUGUUCAGGGAGCAGAUGAGCCACCUUUGGAAGAACAUGUGCAGUCAGCAAAUGAAAAUCUACAGCUGGUAAACCAUGAGGCAAGUUCCAUGGCAGUGGAUGUUGUUCCUCAUGUUGACAACCCAACUUUUGAAGAAGAUGAAACUCCUGAUCAAGAGACUGCAGUUCGAGAAAUUAAAUCCUAAAAUCUGUGUCAAUAGAAAACUUGAAACUUUAGUAAUAACAACAGAACUGCCAAUCAGGGCUUAGUUUACUAUUAAUGAACUGGAUAAACUUAAUUAAAUAAGAAAGAUACUGAAAGUGCUGAGAUGACAAAUAUUAUGCUAUAGUUAAAUUACUUAAAAUAUUUAAUCUAUUAACUUUUUUCCACAAGCUCAUAAUGUUUUUCAUAGGCAAGUUUCCUCUCAAUAGUGAUAGCAACAUUUUUUAACAUUUAAAACUUUCUUCAAGUAGUCAUGUUUUUCAUUUACAACAAUUUUGUUAUAAAAACAUGUUGCUUUUAAAAUGUGGAGUAGCUGUGAUCACUUUAUUUUAUGAUAGUAUCUUAAUUAAAAAUACUACUAUUUUAGCUUGGGCUAUAUGUGUCAGGGUUUUUCUCCAGGUGCUUAUAUUGAUCUGGAAUUGUAAUGUAAAAAGCAAUGCAAAUUUAGGCUAGUACUUCAUGAAAUGUCUUUUUAAGCUACAUUAAGUUGAUAGAACAAGAUUAAAACAAAAUAUUCAUUUUAACUAUUUCUUGUUUUUAAAAUUAAGCUAAAUGUACUUCAUUUGAGUGUGGAGCAUAGUUUGUCAAAGAAUAUGGACUGGACUGGAUUGAUUGGUAUAUUAAUGACACCAAUUUGACACAAGUUUAUAGACAAAAAGUUUCCUUAUAAAAAUGCUGUAUAACUAUUUCUCAAAGUUAUGGGAUUUUCAAAAGCAGAGUAUAUAAAUUAUCAUACUAUUUGAAAAUGAUAAUAAGUCACACAAAAAUUGGUAAUUGAUCCUUGUGUAUGAAUUAAGUCUGCAGAAAUUAGUCUGCAGAAAAUGUUUUCCAAACAAUGUUGACUUUGAAAAUUUAGUUUACAUUUUACCUAAAUGGGCUAAUUAUAUUAGGUAAACUAAAAUUCUGUCCAUAUAGCUGUAAAUUUUGUGAAUGCAUUUUCUUGGAGUUUGAAAAAGAAUUAGGUGGGGGGGGGGAGAAUUCCAGGUGCCUUAAUAUAAAGUUUGAAGCUUUCAUCCACCAAAGUAAAAUAGAGCUAUUUAAAAAUGCACUUUAUUUGUAUUCUGUGUGGCUUAUCUUGGUUUUAAAGUUGUGUUUCCAGUGAAAAUUCCAGCAGAAUUUAGGCAAAAGCAGAAAAGACAUGUAUUUUUGUUUGCAAAAUGUAGAAUGGACAAAACCAUUGCAUUCUUGUACACUUAUUUGAAAUUCUGUAAAUAUUCCCCGAUUUGUAUUGAUUCUCUUUAAAUAUAAAAUGUAAAUAAAAUAUUCCAAUAGAA